AACAUCGGCCAGAGAGAGAGAGUAAAAUUGCCGAGGGCGAACGAAUAAUAAAUUAUUAAUAAUCUGGAAAGCAUUCGAGCUGUUUUGCAUACGGAUUAAUUGAUUUUUAAUUAACUGAUUGUGAGUGAAAAUGAUAAAACUACGCUUAUUGCUGCUGUCAAUAUUUUUGAUCUUGAUCAUUGGCCUUGAUGACCGGAUGUCCAAGGCUCAAAUAGCUUUUGUGGAGGACGCGGAUAUUGAUAAGAAGAAAGCUAAUUUGGCGGGCCGCAAGCCGCUGUAUUCCCCCGCCCGCUGUCCCAAGUAUCAGCUUUUAUAUCCCGGUGAUCAACAAAAUCAAAAUGAUUGGAUUUGCGAUUGCGCACCAGCUGCACUGUAUCACCCGGAAACUGAUGGGUGUUAUCCUGCAUACAGACAAGGACCCUGCGAGACUGGUCAAAUAUUGGUCCUCUAUAAGGAAAAGGUCAUACCAGAGUGUGUAACCAAUCCUUGCCACAAGGAUGGCAUGUUCAUGAUACGCGAGACUUGCUAUGAAUUUGGCAAUAACAAGCACGCAGAAAAUCCCUGCCCCUACAAAGAGUUCACCUAUGUGCUAGGAGUUAAUCCGCAAACCUUGAUGGUCGACUGUGUCAAAUUGUCACCGCAACUGGAAACUCGCUUUGGCAUGGAAUCGGCGGCCCAGGCUCCUGCUGACUAUUAUAUUGACUUGGCUGAAAAGUGUUCUCGCGGCAGUCGUCUUUCUGCCCAAGGACGCUGUCCAUAAGGAUCAAACAGGAUCGAAUUUUAUGUUUCAAGAGAUUUUAUAUAUGUACCUAACAAUAACUACAAAAUAUUUACAAUUA